UUCUCCUUGUGUCCCACGCAGGUGGUCUUUGGGAGGAAGUUGACGUCCUUUUCAUCAAUAGCGCUCAGCCAGUUGCAGCAUGAGAAGAAAUACGACAUCUAUUUUACUGACGGAAAAGUUUAUGCUCUGUAUAGGAAGCUUUUGCAGCAUGAGUGCCCGCUGUGCCCAGAGGCCAGGCCGUUUGCCACCGUGGCAGAACUGGAGCAGCACAUGAGGAAGCAGCACGAGCUUUUCUGCUGCAGGCUCUGCGUGAAGCACCUGAAGAUUUUCACCUACGAGCGCAAAUGGUACACCCGCAAGGACCUCGCCAGGCACAGGAUCCACGGGGAUCCCGACGACACCUCUCACCGGGGCCAUCCCCUGUGCAAAUUUUGUGACGAGCGGUAUUUGGAUAAUGACGAGUUACUGAAACACCUUAGGAGAGACCACUAUUUUUGCCACUUCUGUGAUUCCGAGGGGGCGCAGGAGUAUUACAGUGAUUACGAAUACCUCCGAGAGCAUUUCCGGGAAAAGCACUUCCUGUGCGAAGAGGGCCGGUGCAGCAGCGAGCAGUUCACCCACGCCUUCCGGACGGAAAUCGACUACAAAGCCCACAAGACGGCCUAUCACAGCAAGAACCGGGCGGAGGCCAGGCAGAACCGGCAGAUCGACCUGCAGUUCAACUAUGCGCCGAGGCACCAGCGGAGAAACGAGGGUGUUGUGAGUGGUGAAGACUACGAAGAGGUUGACAGGUACAACCGGCAGGGGAGAGGAGGCCGGGCCGGGCCGCGCGGCGGACAGCAGAACAGGAGAGGCAGCUGGAGAUACAAAAGGGAAGAGGAAGACCGAGAUAUUGCCGCGGCUGUCCGAGCAUCCGUGGCAGCCAAGAGGCAAGAGGAGAAGAAGCACGGGGACGAUAAGGAGGAGGGCGCCCGGGCGAAAAAGGAAGAUGCAAAAGAGCUGGACCUGAACGCCUGCAAGCGCGGACCAAAACCGCCCGCUGAAGCCCCCGUUCCCAAAGAGGCUGUUCCAAAGACCGUGUUAAGCCCAGACGACUUCCCAGCCAUCGGCUGCCCGGCAGCAGGCUUGGGGCAGAGCGCUUCCCAGCCCGUCUUGGUGAAACUGGACGAGGAGGACUUCCCCAGCCUCUCCUCCUCCUCCUGCGCGCCAGCGGUGUCUUCUGCCAUGACCUUGACGUACGCAGCCCCGGCGAGAAGGUCUGCUUUCCAGGAGGAGGACUUCCCCGCCUUGGUGUCCAGAGUCCAGCCUAGCAACAAGGCCACGUCCACCCUCUCAUCGGCAUGGAGCUGCGGCUCCAGUAAAAAUGUGGCCAAAGCCAUUGCCGGCAGCACCACCGGCGGCAGCCAGCCCGCCCGGAAAGCACCCCCCGCCAACAUCGGUAAAGGAGGCAAGAAGACCAAGGCCUUCCUUCCCAACGAGGACGACGAGGGUGACGGCUCAGGGGUGACCACCCAGGAGGUGCGCAGCACCCCAACCAUGGUUGACGUGUCUUCCUUGCUGACCGCCUCGAACUCCCAAGGGUUCGUCAGAGUGGGCAAGAAGAAGAAAGUCGGGGCCGAGAAGUCUCGGGCCGCGUCGUCGCCGGUUCUGAGGGAGGCAGCGGCCCCCGCCCCUCCUGCCGAAAAGGCCCCGGAGGCCGAGCACCCGCCCGGCCUCCCUGCCCACCCCCAUGCACCAGACCGAGCGGCAGCAGUGGUCAACGGUCACGCCGAGAAGGCCCCGGUUCCGUGCAAUCCUUCCAAAGAGCCGCCGGGCCUGAAGAAGACCUCGUUGGCCAGCCCGUCUCUGUUACCUCAGGAAGACUUCCCGGCCCUUGGGAAUUCUGGAGUCCCUCGGAUGCCCCCGCCUCCAGGCUUCAAUUCUGUGGUGCUGCUUAACAGCGCUCCUCCACCUCCGGGCCUGUCGGCGCCUGUCAGUAAACCACCCCCCGGCUUCAUUCCGAUCCCACCCACCGCUGCCUCGGAAACUGCCCCUGCGGCUGUAAAAGAGCCCAGACCUUGCCAGGGCGGCCCCUACCUGAUCCUGGAGAACUUCCAGCAGCGGAACAUCCAGCUGAUCCAGUCGAUCAAAGAAUUCCUUCGAGAGGACGAAUCCCAGUUCAACAAGUUCAAGACUUACUCGGGCCAGUUCAGGCAGGGUCUGAUUUCAGCGGAUCAAUAUUACCGGAGCUGCCAGGAUCUCCUGGGGGAUAACUUCCGGAAGAUCUUCAGCGAGCUCCUGGUGCUGUUGCCGGACACGGCCAAACAGCAGGAACUGCUGGCCACUCACAACGGUUUGAAAGCCAGCCUGGGCGAUUCCUCUUCCUCGCUGAGCAAGUCGAAGAAGAGCAAGCGGAACGCCUGGCAGGCGGAGUCAGGAUCCGGCCUGGACUGCUGCGUCUGCCCCACCUGCCCGCAGGUGCUCACGCCGCAGGACCUCGCGGCCCACAAAGCUUUGCACCUGGAGGAGGACGAGUUCCCGUCUCUGCAGGCCAUUAGCCGGAUCAUCAGCUAGCCGGGCCUCACCCACCCCCUUCCGGGUGACCAAUAAAAGCUGUCUCCGUCUUCAAAUUGGCACUCCCGGCGAGGCAGCCUCUCUGUCGGGAGGAGCGCAGCUGGCUGGCUGGGGGGUGGGGGCCGCCGAUGGAAGGCACCGGCAGGUUCAGUGGUGGCGGCAGCGGAGGGUGGUGGCUGUGGGUCCAGGGAGACCGGGACAGGGGCCGCCUUCCUGCCAGCCAAGGCCGCCUGAAAUUGCAGGUUCACACACACACACACACGAGGUGUGGUUUUGAGGGUACCACCGGCAUCGCUCUUGAGAAGGAAUUGCUGCCUGGUGGCCACGAUGUGGAAACGGAGCAGGGUGGGGGUGGGGGGUGGUUUUUGAAAUGGUUAGGAAGGGGGCCCUCGGGCUGCAGAGGAACCAUUGGGAAGAGGUUCAGAAGCAGUCCAGGCCGGUGGGUCGCCAGAGGGGGAAGGCGAUGGGGGAGGACAGAGCUGGUCAAACGGCCUGCCGCGGCUCAAGAGGACCCCUCUGUCCUCCUCAACCCCCUCUCCCAGCUGCCCUCGGCCCCGCUCCGUGCGGAGCACGGUCUGUUUCGUGGGCAGGUACAGGGCCCCUUCGGCGGGGGCCGCGCGCCCAGAAUUCAGAGCCGCUUUCCAGCCCGUUUCUUUGUCCAGCUGACGUGUUCUGGAAAGAAGACCCUAGUUUGUUGAUUGAGGUCCGUUAGAGAUGCAUGUAGGAAACAAAUCGUAUUCGGUGCUUUUGCUCCUCAGUGUAAAUCUGCCUUUCUACUCCAACGAUGCAAGUUUGGUUUCUUUCUGCUGCCUUUAAAAGAAUCUGUGCCGGUUUCGGCGAACCCGUUGUUGGCUCAUUAAACGCUGCUCCACCUUAA